AUGCCAACAUGGGUCAAAUAUAAUGAAACCCUUACAGCUACAGAAACAUAUAAGAAGAGAUAUGUAAGACCAUUACCCAAUGAAGUAUUAUCCACGCGUCACUCUUACUCAAAUGCUGUUACUACAAGACUUAAUCUUAAGCCAUAUUACGAUAUCGAUGAUAAUAUAAAUCUACCUGAUCACAAGAGGGUA